ACCCUCCCCUCCCUCCCCCACGCAGACAGAAGCUAGUCGCACGCGCGAGGGCGAUAGACAAGCGAGAGCGAAUCCAUCCAGACACAUGACUGAACCCCCGACCCUUCCACCCCUCCUUCUCCAACAGCGCAUGAGCCAUGUGGGCGAUGAACACGUUGGCAUCGUGUCCCCACACACACGGUUCGCUAUUCAUGCGUCGUGAUGUUGACGAUAGCCAGAGGACUCUCCUCUUCCGUAGCUGAGAGAUCACCUGAAGAAAUCAAAACAACUGGCGUCGUGGCUGCGUUCGUUCAUGCCACCCGGAGGGAGGAGGGCAUGAGCUCCCCCGCCAAGAGGAUCAGCGUGACACUGCGAGGGCAGGCGGGGCCGCAGAAACAGGUCAGGAAACAGAUAGAUGACGGCCGCCAUCUGUGCCGGACGUCUCUCUCCCAUCCCCUGUCUGUUGAGCUGAUGCUUGGCCUGCCUGCCUUGUGUGUGUAUACAGGUGGUGACGGCCUCUAUCGAUGAGCUGAGGGCGAAGCUGUUGGCGAAAUUCGGUCUCUCUCACCGGUCCAUCCAAGAGGCGCGGCUGUACGUCGAUGAGGUACAGUAAGCGAAUACAUAUGAUGAAUGAAUGUGUCACUCAGUCAGUCAGGGGUGGGUGGAUGGAUGUGUGUGCGGGUGUGUUGACACCGUCCCUGUAUGUAUGUGUAUGUGUGUGUGUCUGUAGGAUCUGAUUGAGGAUUGUGAUGACUUGGUGGAUGGAGAUAAGGUGGUCCUGGACCUCUCGCCACGGAGCUCGGGGGCAGACAGGACCGCUGCCCCGGCACCACCACCAGCACUCCCACCAGCACCCACUCCAUCCGCCGCCCCUGGACAGCAAGCGCGGCCACGAGUGCUUCCGCAGCUCACACAGCAGCCCUUCCAGCAGCAGCCCCAGCAGCCAGCUGGGCCCCAGCAGCAGGAGCGAGGUCGGCAGGCAUCGCAGCAGCGUGUGAGCAACGGCUCUUCUGUCGACCACCAGCACGAGCAGGAGUGCCGCUCUGACGAGCGGUCGGAGGAAGACCGCACAUCGCACACGAGCGAGGACAGUGAGUUGGGGCGGGCGCUGGCGGAGGUGCAGAGGCUGAGGGAUCGGGGCAACGCCGCAUUCAACCGAGGCGAUGCGGGGCUUGCUGAGGCUAUCGAGGCCUACUCGCUCGCCAUCGAUAAGGCAAGUGGAUGGGUGGUUCGUUCGUGACGAGGGAGGUGAUGUAUAGGAUUGACUGGGCUGCUGUGGUAUGUGUGUGUGUGUCUGUGUGUGUCUGUGUGUGUAUGGGAUGGGUGUUCAGCUUAGUAUUCGCAGCCCGGUAGGCUAUCGGUUGAGAUCGCGGUCGGACUCCUCGUCUGGCGCGCAGCAAAUCGCCGCCACAAUGGCUCCGCUGUACGGCAACAGGUACGCACAGUGGCACCCACACCAAACCGACAACACACACGCAGCCUGGAGCCUGGGAGAGUGAUGUGUGUGCACAGGGCCUUGAUGCACUUCAAGGCAGGUGAGUACGAGAAGACGAUCGAGGACGCCAACACGGCUCUGCAGUUCAAACGUGACUACGCCCCGGUCGGUCGGCGAAUAGGCACAUGGCCCGCCGCAGAUACACACCGCUGUCACUGACUGGCGUGCACUCUCCCCCUCUCUCUCUCUUUCUCUCUCUCUCUGUCCCCCAGGCGUAUUUGCGUCUGUGGGGUGCGUUCGAGAAGCUGGGCCGAUUUGGUGAGGCGGCGGAGAGCCUGAGAAAGGUGCUCGAACUCGAGCCCAGACACAGGACAAACCAGUAGGCGACACACAUGGACGGACGGACGCACGGAUGCAAAUGUGUCCAUCAUUCGGUGGUCAUUCACGUUACAGACACCGAGAAACCUUGAAUCGCCUGCUGGCGGCGGCUGCCCGCCAGAGUGCCGCAGCACCAGCUGCUGCCGCACCCGCAGCUGCUGCUGCAGCAGCAGCAGCAGCAGCAGCGCCCAAGGCUCCCCCCGUGGCCACCACGCCUCUCCGCCCCCCUCCCCCUGCAAUCAUCGCUCGCCACUUUGCCCGGACCAACGAUGCUCAAAGUGCUUCUCCCACUCCCCCACCAGAUCACCGGGCGGCAGGUAAUGUCAACGAGGAGGACGGCUGGGUAGUCGUCCCUCACGCAGAGAGCGAGAGCGGGGCUGGGGGUGCGCCAGGGGCGGGGCCCCCGGGGCAGGCCGGAGGAGUGGCAGCGCGCAAGAACAUCAUGAAGAAGCUCAAGAAAAUUGACGAGUACAAGAAAGCCAUAGCGCGAGGUAUCUCAUGUAGCCAGACAGCCAACCAAGGAAGCCGAAGCUCGCGUUCCGUCCGUCGAGGGUGGUGAAAGUGCCCCUGUCCGUGUGUCUGUCUGAGCCUGUGUGCAGGUGAUGUGUUGCAGGCGGCCCAGCGGCAGUUGGUAGAGCGCGAGCCUCAGUUGCGCGAGCAGCUCGAGAGACUCAGGGAGGCGGGCGGUGGCGGCAGUGCUGGUGGGAGUGCUGCUGCUGCUGCUGCUGCUGCUAGUGGUGGUGGUGGUCACGAGACCGCUACGACCACAGCAGCAGCAGCAGCAGCAGCCGCAGCAGCCGCAGCGGGUGUGUCUGGCGGGCCCUCUCGCGCGUCCUUCUCUGCGUGGACGGAGGCCCUCAAUGACACUGCCCAGCCAACCGUCGUGCUCAACUGUGCCAACUUAGGUACCUACCCACACACUCAGUGGGAGGCCACUGACUCAACAAACAGUCACCACGCGCGUGUCGUGUCGUCGUGUGUUGUGUGUCUCCAGGUCACACCUACGCCCAGGUUGUGUGUUCAGCGGGUCGUGACGAGCUGCGGCGUUUCGAGAUGAUGCGGCGGAUGGGUCGCGGUAGUGGGGGCGUUGGUCUGUAUGGCGAGCAGGAGGGCAUGGGGCUGCGUGCCCGGCCCAUGCGCACCCAUUUCUCGUGGGACGGCAUCCGAGCGGCUGUCAAGUAUUACGAGGCGAGGGGCGUCAAGGUGGUGGGCAUCGUCACCCAAUCUGUUGUCUCACGUCAUCCGGUACGUGAGGGGUGAGAAUGGAUGUAUGGACGGAGGAUGGGAUGGAUGCGUUGAAUGAAUGCGCCCUUGGUGCUGGUGUGUGUGUGCUGGUGUGUGUGUCUCAAGAUACCAAGCGACUUGGCUGACAUCAUCACGCAGUCGCCAAGUCGUGACGAGGCGAGGGACAUCGACGAUCUGUUCACCAUCAAGACCGGUAGGUAGGGAGAAUGAUCUGAUCACACAGCGCACCGCACACCCGUUCGUAUCCCUCCUGCAUUUGCUGUGCUGUUUGUGUGGUGUUGACUGAUUCGUUUGACAUGGCAUGAACACCCCCCCAGCGAUGCAGCUGAAUGCCCAGUACGUCGACAACGACAACUACCGCGACUGGCUGUCAAGGGCUGAGGCCGACGUCAAGGACUUCCUGCGCCGGACCAAGCUCACACACCACGUCUGCUACAUCUUCACUAACCCAGAUGGCAACUACGUGCCGGACAAAGAACCACUCACGGUGCGUCUGCCACCGAGCAUAAUUCUAAGACACGUGGCUGUCAACCAUUCAAUCGCCCGUAUGUGUAUGUGUGUGUAUUGGCUCACAGAUAGCGUCCACCCCUCCCCCGCCCAUCGUGAGCAUCCUGGCUGCGUCCGAGUACGCCAUCAACACCAACUCGCCCCCCCGCCCCUCGCCAGCACCAUCACCCACCACCACACCAUCCACACCGUCACAGCAGCAGCCGCCGAGCACCCCCGCUGCCACACCAGCGGCCCGGCGACGGGUGCAGCUCAGAUUGCAGCCACUCUGGUCAGUCUGCAAAGGGAAGGCAAGGCGCGUCAGGAGUGUGACACAUACAUGUGUGUGUGUGAUGUCUCGCGCGUGUAGGUCGCCCAACCAGUUGCCUCGUUCGUUUGAGAGCCCUUUGGAGGGGUGGCAGAUCGAGCACUUGCAUCCGAUGACGGUUGAGGUCGAGUUGGGCAAGAGCGUCGCAGAGGCCACCAAGGACAUGACUCAACAGCUCCUUGCCAGAUGCAGCCUGGUCAGCCCCCUACCACUGCAGAUGUCACCGUGCCUGUCUGUCUGUCUGUCUGUGUCUCCAUCCAUCCAUCCUGACUUCUGGCAGGUUUGUGAGCAUUUGCGCCCCGACUUCGCGUCCAAGUUGUCGCUGCAUCUGUUUUCGGGCGAGGGUUACGCCAUCUCGGCGCGACUCAACUCUCUGUCCCUCGAAGCGCUGCGGGCCCGCAACAACGAGGUCAUGUUCGCGCUGCUCACUCUCGCCUCCGCCGCACCGUUCGUCGACCUUGCCCUCCAGGGCGGCACGGAGGGACCGGUCAACGGCAGAGACGGCUUCUGUGCACAGGGGUUCGCACAUACGCACUCACUCAUGGGACGGAACGCCCGCUGAUAUGAUGCGUAUGUGUGAGUGUGUGUGUUCAGGUAUGAGGGCGGCCUGUUCCCCCCCUGGAUGGCUCGUCGGUCGGGGUCAGGUUGGCGGAGCAGCCACGUGAGUGAGCGGAGCCUCGCCAUCUUCUGUUCGACGCUCAAGGUGGUUGCCCGGACCAUCAAGGGGUCGUUCAAGCGGCCCCUCCUGGCCACCGUCCGCCGACUCACCCAGUGGAGCCCACUGGUGCACGCACUCAACCAGCUCUUCUCGCAGGAGACCAACCUCACCGUGGGGCAGAAGGUGCGCCAGAUAACUAACAGAGAGAAGAGAGGCAGCCACACACACGUAUGCAUACGUCCAUGUGGCCGGUUGUGCGUGGCUGAUUGUUCAGGCGAUCAUACUGCAGGGGAUGGUCUUCAUUUUCGCGCAACUGUGGGCGGCGGUAUCGCAGACAAUGAGCAAGGGGCCCGCCGCAUCUUCCUCGUCUGCAUCGUCCUCCUCCAGCCCUUCUCCCGCCGACGCGUCAAGCUGUUCACUCGACGCCCUGCUCGAGAUGUCGCCCUACUUCUGGUACGUACGUGAUCCUUGACGGGCCCGUCAAUCCAUCCAUCCAUCCAUCCAUGUGCGUGUGUAUGUGAACAGGGCGUACCUGCUGCUGGAGGCCGUGUUGGAGGACAGCGAGGCCAAGUGCGCAGGCUGCGACGCCAAGCUGGGCACCGACUUCUUCUUCCGCAUCGUCCAGGCCGCCCCCCACAAGCCCGCCAGACCCGAUGGCGACGACACUGCUGACGGCAACGACAAGAGGGCGGGGACAGGCGGCAAGGGCGGCGGCAAGAAGGGCGGCGGCAAGAAGGGCAAGAAGGGCGCAGGCAAGAAGCCCAACAGGAAGCGCCGUGUGGCCGACGAUGACACCGACGUCUUCGACGCGCCGGACGACUGCGAGCCCGACGACGGGGAUGCGGAGGAGGGGCAGGGUGGUGAUGGGGCCGCUGACGAGACGGCCAUUCCGCACUCUCUGUCGCUUGAUCUGCGGUGCGGUCAGUGCAAGAGCGCCUGGGAUGAGCUAGAGUGUCACGAGGCGCAGGAGAGGGAGAACAACACCUCGAAGCGCAAAAAACGCAAAAACCACCAGCAGGACGUGGCCAGGGACAGCCUAGGAGAGGUUGUCAAGGAUGAGUUGGGACCGUUCCAGCAGGUAAGUAACUAAGCAUGCCGAUCCAUCCAUCGUUCGUAUGGAUACUGAUCGGCAUCCAUGACAUGUGCGUGUGUGUAUGCGUGUGCAGAUUCGCCGUUUCCCGUGGGGCACGCCCGAGCAGGUUGAGUCGUUCGCCAGCAUCGACUUCAGCAAGUACAUGGAGCAGAAGGUAAGGUACACACGACAGACAUGCCAUCCGUCCCUAAGCGAGCCACUGCGCUGACCGCUCUGUGCGCCUAAUUCCCAUUCCUGCAGGUGGUGCCGUCAGCAGACUUUCUGGCCAAUUACGCUGAUCGCGAUUGCCCCAUCUGUGAGGAGAAGUGCAACCCCCCCGUGGAGCUCAACUGCAACUGUCGGGAUGGGAGGGGCAUCCGUGGCGUCAUCUGCCUCAGCUGCGUAUGUAACAUCGGCAUCAGGAUGUGCCCCUUCUGCGCCACUGACCUUGGCCCGCUUGACUACAAGGAGGUACGUACACCACGUAGUGUAAUCCUGUACACCGCAGACCGAACAACACACACACAACACUUGCGUUAUGGAUCUCACUUCAUGACCUUGUUGGCCCCCUCGAGCAGGUCGUGUCCACCCUGCACACGCGCGCCAACGCGUACCACGAGGUCCUCAAGGCCAGGCACCCUGGAGAGGUACGUACGCAUCUGUCUGCACACACAUGCACAUGACACACUCAUACAUGACAUGACAUGCACGUGUGUGGUGUGUGGUUGCAACAUGCAUGGCUCAUCAGGACGAGUGUUUGGUGUGGAAGCCGUCCAUCAGGAUGUCGCCCAAGCAGGCCGACCUGCUGCGGAUCGCCCAGCCGCCGCGCGUCAUGCUGACGGCGGCGCAGUUGCUGGGCCCGGCCGACAGCAAGCGCUACGCCGGCAGCCUCAUCGAUGGCGUCCACGUCGACAUGGCCCUCGGACAGCCAUUCGGCUACCGAACUGAUGGUGGGUGGCCUCACAGAGAGCAGGCCUCGAUGGUGAUUGUUGGGGGAUUGGGGGUGGGGUGCAUUGAUUGUCUUGCGUGCGCUUCAGGGGAGAAGAGGGCGCGGCUGUGUUGGUUCCCCCCUCUCGAUUUGAAGGACCCAUCGCUGGACGGCACCGUGCUCACCUUCAAUGCCAGCGGACAGACGUACGGCGUGAGAGCACAACACACAUGCGCACAUACGCAGAAAGGGAUGGAUGGAUGGGUUGUGCAGGGUGACGUUUGAGUCCAAGGGCAAGGACCCCGGCAUCGGCACUGGCGCAGUCGUGCUCUUUGACCCCAUCCAGGGCGGGACGGACGUCUGUGACGGUAACCAACACACACACACACACACACAUGGCAGCCAACCGCUCAACACACGCGUCUGUCUCCUUGUUGUUUGUAUGCAGCUGACAAGAUCGCCCAGCAGCUCAACGCCUCGUUCCCCAACGGCGACCCCCAGCCGCUGCCCCCCUGCGCCCGCCACGCACAGACCCUCAAGCCCGUCCCCCCUCCCAAACCCACACAGACGGGCGCACCGCUCGAUGGCGCACCCAGCACCACCACCCGCCCCACAGCCGCAGCUAAGAGCAAACAGAAGAAACCCAAGGCCAAGGGGGCUGCUGCAGCCGCAGCAUCAGCUGCCGACGCUGGUGCUAGUGCGGCGGCCGGAGCAGCAGCGGCAGCUUCGGUGGGCGGUGCUGGUGACAUGGUGGACGAGGAGGAGCUGGACCUGGACGUGCAGGACGCCCUCGAGGAGUCACUACACCUGGCCAGGCAGCACCGGGGCGGCGACGGCGAAGGCGAUGGAGCGUCGUCCGAGAGCGGAGAUGAGGAGUCGGAGAGUGAGUCACCGGAGGGUGCGAGUGCAAGUGCGGAUGAGGAGGCCUUAGCUGAGCGCAUGGACCGCUAUCUCGAGGAGAGGAACCGUGUCCUCAACAGGGGCACGCGCGCAAGGGGUGAGGGGGCUGGCGGGGCGGCUGGGGGCGAGUGGCUGCGCACACGCAAGGUCGAGGAGGCUGUCGUCGUGCUGCUCGACGUCUCAGGUAACCACAAACCCCACACUCCCUGGCUCACCACCCAUGCAUCCAUCAGUGUAUGUAUCUCCGUCCAUCCCUUCAGAGUCGAUGACUGACCGAGCCUUCCCGUCUCACUAUGGCGCCCCUCCGGCGGACAGGACCCCCGAGUGGGACCCAUCCGCCCCACAGGGCUUCCUCUCCUUCUUCCCGGAGACCUGGAGCGAGAAUGACAUCUUCCGUCUGUUCCAGGCGCAGAUGGGCUCCAACAUCAUCCGCCCUCGCGGCAUCCGCAUCCUCAGACACAGAGAGACAGGCAUCUCCAAGCGACAGGUACGGUGUCUGUCGGUGUGAGGGGUGGUGGGUGGCCCAUUUGUGUAUGCCUGUGGGGCCGACUGGCCGGCCAAUUAACAGGCAUUUGUUGAUUUUGUGGAUGUGGCUUCGGCCAAUGCGGCCUUGACGAAGCUGGAUGGCUUCCUGGUUACGAGCGAGACGCCCUCAGUGCGCAUCAAGCUUCGGAAGGCCGAGGCGGGGCCAAGGGGGCGGGACAGGUGAGGCAAGAGAGAAUAUUGCGCCGACACAUGAUGGAUGGAUGGAUGGAUGCAUCGACACAUGAGCGGAUGGCGUGUGCCUGUCUGUCCGUUAAAUCAGGUCGUUCCUGUCUCGGCUGGAUACGGUCAAGCAGCUGUUCAACUGUUUUGCGAAUCGUGUGGAGGCAUGUGAGCAGCCGAACACAGCACAGCCAUCGAACCAACCAAGACGCCACUGGCUUGUUGGUCCUGAUGAAGCACUCACUUACCCUGCUGGCUGAUGCAGACGACUGCCGGCUGAGCAUUGGUUUGGUGGCCUUUGGCGACAACGUGGUCAUCUCACAGCCACUCACAUCCGCCGUAGAAGGUAACUCAAUGAGCCACUGAAUUAGUGAGCACAAGGACCCCCCCACACUCAUCGCUGUCUCGGCCUCAGACUUCAAGGUGUCCUUAGACGAGGCGACGGCCGAGGGUCAGACGCGGCUCUACGACGCCAUCGACGUGGCUACCAACAUGCUGGUCGAGUACUGCAACCGUGUCGAGGGUGUGACGGAUGACACUGACGAUGAGGAGACCGAGGAGCCUUCAACCAGCGAGCCCGGCACGGACGGCACGCAGCGGUCCCUGUCGUCCAUCGGGUCGCCGGAAGCCCAGCCAAUGCCAUUCUCGGCCGCUCACUCCGGAAGGGGUGGUGGACGGGGCGCCGGCAGGUACACACACAUCCAUCCACACAUGCACAGACAGACAGACAGACAGACACAAACGUGGUGCUGUGCUGUGCUGUCGUGACAUGUAUGUAUGUCAGAGGGCUGUAUCACUUGAUGUCAAGGACGCUCGGCCCCCCAUCCCCCCUCCUUCCCUCGUCUUGCCCACUAGCUCCACCACCACACGCGGCAAACCCAAGCCAUCGUCAGCCAAACAGCAGCAGCCACAGCCCACGGUCAGUGCAGGAAUGCCCGAGGGUCGCAUUCGCCGUCGCAUCCUGGCAUUGGCCGAUGGGGAGGACACCGUCAGCCAGAGGACGGCAGUCGACGUGCUGAAGAGGCUGCAUAGCAACCCGUGUCGUGCUGGACGCCGUACUCGUCGGCGCCUUCCCGCCUGCCCAAGUUGCCCCCAAAACACGGUGAGGGAGAGAGAGAGAGAGAGAGAGGCACGCAGGCGAUCGACAGUUUAGAAUUGAUGCUUUGUGUCAUUCAUGAUGUGUGUGUAGAAUAUUGGGUGCGAUGGCGCGUGCGAGCGGUGGGUGCUGGCUGGAACCGAAGGACCUGAACCAGGCGCUGCAGCUCUUCGAGCGGGAGAACAUGCUCGAGACCAAGACACGCACAACCAGAUACAUCAAAACGGUCAAUAACCCCCCCACCUCCCCUCACACGCAUCCGUGCCUCCAGCCAUCUAUCCAUCGUUGCGUCUCCCUCCCUUCUUGUUCUCUCUGCAGGGUGCGUUCGGUUCGGUGGAUGAGCUGACCAAGAUGGUCAAGACCAACCCCAAGCCCGACGAGACGGAGUCCUUGGCAGUGCCUCUCGGCCUGCAGAACCCCAACCAGACCGAGUUCGUGGUGCUGCCGUCCACCAUCCUCUCGCAGGCAAACACCAUACUCGCCGCCAACGUGACCGGCAUGGGACCCAUGGGACCCACUGCUGCCAGUCCUGGUAGUCCUGGUCCUGCGGGUGGUCAUGGUGGUGCUGGUGGUGCGGUUGGCAGUGUGGCCAACCCCGCCAGACGGAUGAAGCGGAUCAUCAAUGAGCUGCAGAACGUAGAGGUGAGUGAGUGAGGGAGAGAAAGUGGGUGGGCACACGUGUGAUUGUGUGACUGUUUGUGGGGAUGUGUUGUGUGUAUACGUGCAGGAGAACCCUCAUCGCAAGAUCCACGUGUUCCCGUGUCGCGACGAUCUCAACUACUGGAGAGUGGUCAUCCAGGGGCCCACAGACACACCUUACUCAGGAGGUGAGGUGCAUCAGCCAAUGAGGCCGACCUGCCGACUAGCCGACCAGCAUCCACUGUGACACGCUGCUGUGUGUGUAAUGCAGGGUUGUUUCUGCUGUGGGUGGCCUUCCCGCCCGAUUACCCCGCCGCCCCGCCAUUGGUGCGUUUCGCUCAGGAUCUGACGCGCAUCAUCCACGUCAACAUCAACCCUGACGGAAAGUAAGACAGACCAAAUGCAGGGGUGGGUGGGUGGGCCGGGCACAUAACGUGGAGGCCGCGUGUGUCGAUGUGUGUGUGUAUGUAUGUGUUCUGGGCGCGGCGCAGGGUUUGCCAUCCCAUCCUUGACCGCAGCUACUCCAUGCAGACUCGCCUGCAGGAGGUACGGUGCGGUACGCGCCCACCGCACACGACACGAACAGACGUUGUGAUGGUUGGCCUGCCCUCCCUCUGGUCAGAUUCUGACCAUGGUGUAUGCGCUGCUCUUCAACCCUGAACCGAAGGACCCCCUCGACUCAUUCCUCGCAAGUGAGUGAGUGGAUGAGCCCACCACCCACCCAAUCCUCACCACAACACAACAGCCCACACACACACAUACAUACGCACACACACGCAUGGACGCAUCUCUGUCCCGUGUGUCGUCUUGGUCAAUCCUGCAGACAUGUACUGGACGAACCAGCAGGAGUUUUACGAGUAUGCCCGCAGGGUGACCCGCGACAAGUGCAGCUUAUCCUUCGAAGAAAUGCUGCCGCGCAUCAUGGACCCGGCCGCCUACGACCAGUGGCAGCGGGAGACCCCUUAUCGAUGCCCACUGGUCAGAUAUAUCAAUUGAGAUAUAUAAGGCACUUUCCCCCUCCCCCGAUGACUGACAACACACCGUCUUGUGUGACUGCAGACGCAUCAUUUCUUCAAGGAUCCCGUGCGGACGCCUGACGGUAUGACGUACGAGCGUGAGGCCAUCAAGGAACACAUCGAAUCCAACGGGCCAUUCGACCCGUUCAUUGACAAGUGAGUGAGGACACGACCCCACACGCGUCAGGUGCCCAGUGAAGGAUGUGUGUGUCUUUGUGUGUGACGUGUGAAUAUAUGCAGCCCGUUGUAUGAGGAGAAUCUGGAGGCGGAUGUGCGGAAGAAGUGAGUGACCCAGGGCCAACACACACACACACACACACAUACACACGGAACACCGAUGCGUGCAUGCAUGCAUGCAUGCAUGCAUCCAUCCACCGACGCCCCGCCCCCCUUUGCCCCUCUGUCUGUGAACGCGUGUGUUUUGUUUUGUUUUGUUGGUGUGGUGUGUGCCAUGCAGGCAGCAGGUGGUCGAGUACAUCACCUCCAACUGCCCCUUCCUCGACCUCAACAGCCGAUAUGCACACACACACGCACACACAUGACUGACUGACAGAUAGAUAGGUGGAGAAAGAAUGAAGGACACACAUGAUCCGAUCCCUUCGUUACAUGACAUGUGUCCGUCCAUGGGAUACUGAGGAAAGUGAUUGGAUUGGAAGGUAUGUAUCUAUCUAUCUUAUUUAUCUGACUUGCCUGUUGCUGUUGCUGGGUGGGGUGGGGUGGGGUGAGAGAGGGGUGAGAGAGGUGCCAGCCAUUGAUUGGUGUAUGUAGAGUAGCAGCUGUACAUACAUACAGACUGACUGACAGCCAGAGAGGCAGACAGACAGACAGACAGAAUUAUGAUGGAUGAGCAUUUGACCUGUCUCGUUGCUUUCUUGUUGCUCUUCCGGGAAUCAAUCGUCUUGCUGCCGCAAGUGACUUAGUGAGGGAGGGAAUGGGCGGGGUCAGGUCAGGUCAGCUGGGGGGUGGGCGAGCCAGACAUAAUUUUUGGUCGGCCGGCAGCAAAACUGAGACUCAGACAAUAAUGAUUGAUACUGACUGGUCGAUAAUUGGCAACGCAGCACAGUGAACGAACACUCACUCACACACGGCCGCACAUGGACACACGAGAAGGUGGACACGAAGCAGACGGAAAGGCUGGGGCGCCAGCACCCAAC